AUGGCGUGCCUCCUUCGGCCGCUGCAUCUGCCUCACGGAGCGUAUUUCCCGGCAACUGCCAUCUUCGCGCGCGCGUGCUUCACAACCGCCCGCUCCUCGUCCCUCUCUCGAGCCCACUCUCUUGUCAAGCCUCCCUCACGUUACCUUCUCUCGACGUCUCAACGGUCGUCAACAGCAGCAACCGAAGGGACGGUUGCAGCCGCAAUAAGCGCUUGCCAAGGUCCUUCGCGCGUUAGCUGCGGAGGCGCUAACACCCUGUAUGGCCCGUUGAAGCCGCUCGAUAGAAUCACUUCGUCCGCUCGGCUUUCCGGAGGAAGCAGUAGCAUCGCGUCGUGUGCGGAUCGGAUUGAGAUUUCCAGCGCAUCUGCAGCGCGUUGUGGGCCGAGCUACAGCCGUUGCUGCUGGCACGGAGGAGCCGGCCGGCCGGCCGCGGAGUCGAGAGGGGAAGAAGUCCGCUCUGUUGCGACGUCGGCGGUGGUGCAGCGGCAGCAGGAGGCGGAGGUAGCGCAAGUGGAAGGGGAGACCGGGAGAGACGCGGAGGAUGGGGGAAGCACACGGGCGGGGUCGACAGGUGAUAGCGAAGGAGGCGAGGGCGGCGGUAUUGACGCGACUGAGGCGGCGGUAAUGGCGGCGCUUGAGCAAGGGCUGGGGGGGGCGUUGAGCAGAGAGGCGGUGGUGCCGCCGCCACAGCCGCUGGUGGUGGUGAUUAGCGGGCCCAGCGGCGUGGGGAAAGACGCUGUUAUCAAGUGCCUGCAAGAAACCCGCCCUGACAUCCACUUUGUGGUCACGGCAACAUCCCGGGAGCGGAGAGCAGGCGAGGUGGACGGCCAGGAUUACAUCUUCGUGUCGCGCGAGGAGUUUGAGGCGAUGAGGGAUGGGGGAGAGCUGCUGGAGCAUGCUGUGGUGUACGGUGACUAUAAGGGCAUCCCCAAGAAACAGGUGCGAGACUCAUUGGCGCGUGGCACAGACGUGGUGCUGCGGAUAGACGUGCAAGGAGCAGCCACCAUGCGCUCGCUCCUCGGGUCCUCUGCUGUGUUCGUCUUCCUAGUGGCCGAGACAGAACACGCUCUGGUGCAGCGCCUGGUGCGCAGGAAGAGCGAGUCUGUGGAGAAGCUACUGGUGCGUGUAGGCACGGCCCGAGAGGAGCUGGGGCGGCGAGGGGAGUUUGACUAUGUGGUGGUGAACGCUGAGGGACAGCUGGAGGCCACUGUGGACACGCUGUGUUCGAUCAUUGAUGCUGAGAAGCUUAGAGCGCAUCGCCCUGCUCUGCUGGAGCUGUGA